AUGGACCUCGUUGUACCUCAACUCAAAAAUCAACAAAUCGAAAUUGAACAUGGCUGUUUUAAGCCAUUGGCAGACGACUGCCCGACUUCUCGAAGACCCACCUGUGAAGUAAACAUGAGUAAAACGUACGUAGAGUGAAAAUAUACAUAAAAUAGGUUUAAAGAACUAUCUCUUUAUAUAACUAGAAUAAUCAGUAAUUAAAACACAUUUUAAAAUAAAAUCCAUUAGCUGCGUAUCGAAAAGUGCCCAAAAAUUCACAAAAGUUCAUCUCUCGCAGAAGUGAUGCGUGUAAUGUAAGUAGCAUAAAAAAGUCAACUUGGUCUCACGAUCGCGUUUUGUGCCAAUGUUUUGAAUGAACAAACACAAAACAAUACACAGAAAAAUUAUUUAUGUAAAAUUUUAUUGAAAAAAAUCCAGUAGUUAAUCCUUAAAAGCAAUCCGCGUAAUACUAACUAGAUCGUGGAUCCGUUUACGCGAGUGAAAAUCGGCUGAGCACACGGCAAAAUUCAACACAAAAUCACGCCAUCUCCAAUCGGAGCACAUUUCGUAAUUUUUCUUUAAACACCGAUACCAAAAUGAAUUAAACGUAUAUGAAACAUUUAUAAAUACAUAAAUUUCUUCCUUUUAAAGACGAGAUUUCCUUGACCAUAGAGUAAACAUGCACCUCAAAAUGCUCCAAGACGUCGCCGCCUUGGUUGCAUUUCAAAACAGGCCUCCGCCGUGAAGAAAAGAAGGUUGAAUUCCUCGAAGAACAAUUUCAUAAUGAAAAGCUUUCAUUUGCCUAGAAAAAAACUGAGCUUUCUUUUGAACUUUCUCAGUAACCUGUACAAUGAAUACAAAUCUCACGCCGUCGAGUCUAUCCAAAAUUCGCCUGUUAGCUGACAACAUAUAAGCUUAAGCUUACUAACGCCUCUCCAGCAAAGAACUGACAAAAAUGAAUAGGCGGCAAGACCGCAUUCAGCCUUAAAAACUGCAAAGAAGGUACUGUAAAUUAUUCGAACUGGGUAUUCAAAUCGCAAGAGUGCAUAUAAGUCACGUCUCUAUCUUCCUCAAAGACGGGAGCUUGAUCGAGCCGUUUACUCAAUACAUCCAUCUUUAAAGUGAUGACGUCGCAAAACAAUUCGAUAAUAUAUUACGGCGAAAUGCAUCAUAGGAAGACUGCAUCAUCUUCCUUUUGCCUUACAGUUGACACAGAUGUAACAGUGCCCACAUUAAGAAAGUGAGUAACUCAUUUGCACAUGGCAGCCAACACUAUAAAGACCUCUAUAAAUCGCAGAUACCCUUUGGGUGACUCGGAGUUAAAAGAUUAAAAAGGUUACUUUCACUGUUAAAAGUAUGUGAAGGUUUUUUAGUAUACGCCAGAUUUACAAUAAUUUGGAGAAACGAUAUCGGGAACUUUUAAGCAACUUACAAAAACAAGUUUGCGCAAUAAAUGUUUGACUGUUGUUGAGAAAGCCGUUCUUCUUUCUGAACGCAUCUUUUUCUUGAAACUGUUCGCAAGGUUAAAUCUAUUUUCCUUGAAUUUUUUUUAGUGCAAACCACACAAGGCUGAUGAAGUGGAGGAAAAACAUAUUGCUUUCAGGCAUCUUAAGACCGCCUCUCUUUAUACUGCUAUUUCUUCCACUAACAUCCUCAAACGACGGAUAUCGAAAUUAUAAAGAUGGCGACGUUAUAGUUGGUGGUCUACUCAACAUCCACUAUUCUGGCACUAAUGAUCAAUGUACUGAGCUUUCUACCACAGGGCUGGGAUACGCAGAGGCUACGAUCUUCGCUAUUGAGAAAAUUAACAAGAAUUCCACUAUUUUACCGAACGUGACAAUCGGCUACGAUUUAAGAGACUACUGUUGGAGCAAUGCUCGAGCGAUGAAAAUAGCCUAUGACUUCAUGUGUGAUGGCGAUCCAGUACAUAUGUCUAACCAAAACAUCAUCACCUCCCCAACAAGACAGGUCAAGGAAACCAAAAACAAGACCAUCUCAGCGUUAGUUGGCCCUAUCGAUUCCGGCAGCGCAGUGCUAGUAGGAAGUCUUCUUCAGGUUUCUGACAUUCCCAGCAUCAGCCCGAGAGCAACAAGCGAUGAGUUGAGUUCACAAAUGUACAAGGACUUUUUCAGAACAGUUCCACCAGACAAAUGGCAAGCAGAGGUCAUGGCAGACAUAAUAGAGCUCUUCAACUGGACAUACGUGGCGGCUGUCGGGUUAGAUGAUUCUUAUGGACAGAACGGUAUUUCGGCCCUAGAAAAAGUAUCCUACAACCGGAAAACAUUUUGCAUUGCUUUUUCUGAGUAUAUUCCACGCCUAAGCUAUAAGAAUAAAACGAAGGAAACUGUUCUCAAGAUUAAAAGGAGGUCUGAAAUCACAGUGAUCAUUGUUUGGCUUUCUGACAGUUACGGAAGAGCAUUUUUUGAGGAAGCAACUACUCAAAAUCUUGAAGAAAAGACUUGGAUACUUAGCGACGCACUGGCCACGACGGGAACAUUAUAUCUAGACUCUCACUUCACUAUAAUAAACGGCUCCUUGGGAAUAAUUCCACAUGACUAUUCUGUUCUCGAAUUUGAAGAGCACCUUAAGACGAUCACACCUGCCAAAAGCAUUGAAAGAGGCGCGGACUGGUGGGAAGAGUUCUGGAGAUUGCAUUUUAACUGUUCAGCCACAAACGCCGAUGAUUCUCUGCUCUGCACCAUGCGCCACAAAAGAUACACGACUCCUUCGUAUCGUAUCUCGUUGACGCUGUUUAUGCUAUUGCACACGCCCUAG